AUGGCAUCUGCUCCCAUUGUAUUAGAUAAUGGUACUGGAUUUGUCAAGGUCGGGUACGCCAAAGACAACUUUCCGCGUCAUCAAUUUCCUUCAAUUGUAGGUAGACCAAUUUUGCGUGCUGAAGAAAAAACAGGAGAUAUUCAAAUUAAAGAUGUUAUGGUUGGUGAUGAAGCAGAGGCUGUGAGAUCACUGCUGCAAGUGAAGUAUCCCAUGGAAAAUGGUAUUAUCCGUGAUUUUGAAGAAAUGAAUAAUUUGUGGGAUUAUACGUUCCAUGAUAAACUAAAAAUUGACACAAGUGGUCAAAAAAUUCUGUUAACGGAACCUCCAAUGAAUCCUGUUGCGAAUCGUGAAAAAAUGUGCGAAACCAUGUUUGAACGAUACAACUUCGGCGGUGUGUAUGUUGCCAUUCAAGCAGUUUUGUCCCUUUAUGCCCAGGGCUUGAGUAGUGGUGUGGUCGUUGAUUCCGGUGACGGUGUCACACACGUUGUUCCUGUCUACGAAAGUGUUGUCCUGAAUCACCUUGUUGGUCGUUUGGACGUUGCAGGAAGAGACGCUACUCGCUACCUUAUCAAUUUGCUUUUGCGAAAAGGAUAUGCUUUUAACCGUACCGCGGAUUUUGAAACGGUUCGUGAAAUGAAAGAAAAACUUUGUUAUGUCAGUUACGAUCUCGAGCUUGAUCACAAGCUCAGUGAAGAGACCACUGUUUUGAUGCGUAACUAUACUUUGCCAGAUGGACGUGUCAUUAAAGUGGGCUCGGAACGUUUUGAAUGUCCCGAAUGCUUAUUCCAACCUCAUCUUGUUGGUAGCGAACAACCCGGCUUAAGUGAAUUUAUUUUCGAUACGAUCCAAGCCGCUGAUGUUGAUGUGCGCAAGUAUCUGUACCGUGCUAUUGUUCUUUCAGGUGGUAGCAGUAUGUACGCUGGCUUGCCUUCUCGACUGGAAAAAGAGAUUAAGCAGCUCUGGUUUGAUCGUGUGCUUCACGGUGAUCCAUCUCGUUUGCCAAACUUCAAGGUGAAAAUUGAAGAUGCUCCUCGCCGUCGCCAUGCUGUAUUUAUCGGUGGUGCCGUGCUUGCCGAUAUUAUGGCUCAGAAUGAUCAUAUGUGGGUUUCAAAACAAGAAUGGGAAGAGUAUGGUGUCCGUGCUCUUGAUAAAUUGGGACCUCGUACUACUUAA